CAAUUGGCAACACUGACGAAGAGGCCAACAAAACAUGGCGUCCGAACUCGGUCGGACUCUGCUAGAGAAUCGUCCCAAAGAUUCGACGAGUACGCCCGAAGAAUUGUUGGUUUUUGGCUACUCUUGCAAGCUCUUCAGAGACAAUGAGAAGGCGGCGUUUUUGGACAAGGGGCAACACCUCAUUCCCUGGAUGGGGGACAACAAAUUGAUGAUAGAUCGGUUUGAUGUACGCGGUGCUCUCUAUGACUUGAAAGAAGCCGAGUCUGGUGGUGGUGGGGACCGCUGGGAAGGACUUACAGAAGAAGAAAAAGCGGAAGAGGAAAAGUGUGAUUAUGAGCGCUACCUUGCCUUAUACCAUGAUGAGUUCCAGCAUCAAGCUUAUCAGAGGAGAAACCAAGCGGGCUAAUGGGCAGAGCUGGGCUCUGACAACUACACCUAUAGUCAGGUUGGCUUUAGUUAUGAUGAUCAGACAAUGGUGGCCCAGCAGAUAUGUAGUGGAGCAAGUGCCUGAAGCAGUGCGGAGGAGGUGGAGGAACCGCAGGAGGCAGAGGAAAUGGGGUAUUUUCCCGAAAGAGAUGAAGAUACCUUCGUCCCUCCUCCCGAAUUGAAUGUUCCUCCAGGCAUGGUGGUGCCUGAGACCGUGAAACAGAACAAAAUCAUCUUGAAAACGUCGAAGUUCAUUGCUGCUCAGGGGGGUCAGAUGGAGAUUUUGAUUAAGACUAAGCAAGCGGGUAAUCCGAUGUUCAGCUUUCUGUCGUUUGAUCAUCCUCUCAAUGCUUUCUACAAACACACAACCACUAUGAUAAAAAGUGGCAGAUACCGCCCAGCUGAUGAUGAUGAUCAGAAAAAAGCGCGCAGGGAUAGUGAGGGAAGUGAGGGACAAUACCUGCACCCAUCCCUUUCAGCAGGCAUCAAGCCAGACCUCACCCCAGGGACACCUUUGUCCCUACACAAGCCUUCUGCUGACUGUUCCUACUCAAAGCUUAUUAACAAGAUAAAGGAGCAGCAGAAAAACUCUGCCACUGUGGAAGGAAUAGAGUCUCCUGGAUCUCCAUGUGUAUCUGCCAUUACGUCCACACCAGUCACAGUAGCAGCAACAGCAGCAGCAGCAGCAGCAGCAGCAGCAGCAGCAGCACCUCCUACUGCAGUGACUCCAGUAGUAGCUACCUCAACACCAGUUGCAGAUGCUACGACUCCUGCCACAGGAAAUAAAGUAGAUGGUGCCAACCGCAAGAAAAAGAAAAAGGGCGUCGGCACAAGUGGCUCACCUGAAUUCAAGGGUUUGGUUGAUUAUCCAUCUUUCAACCGGACCAAUGAUAAUUGCUCAGAUGAUGAAAGGAAAGAUGACGAAGUUAGCGACGUGGUGAAAGAUAAACCAGAUUUUGUGAACUCUGAAGCUUUGCUUGCUCCAAACAACUCGAAUGAAUAUAGUAAUAUAAAGUGGCCACCACCUGAUGUUCAAAUGGUUAUCGAUAAGAUGGCAAGCUAUAUCAUUAAAAAUGGAGAAGAGUUUGAAUCAAUGGUGCGGAGCAGAAAUGAUCCACGGUUCAGCUUCCUAAAUAAAGAUCAUGAGUAUUUCCCUUAUUAUCGCUGUAAGAUGCGUCUGUACAACGAAGUCUAUGGAGACAUUUUUAAGGAAAACUUCGAGGAAAAAAGCUCUUCAGCAGGUAGCAGUGUCGGGAAUGGUGUAAGUAUAGCAUCAGCUGGAGGAGACACCUCGACGUCAACAGCAACAACUGGGUCAGCUACAGGAGGAAGUGGUAUCAAGAAGGACAAGCGUAACAGCGGGAAAGUACCGUCUACUAUUAGUUUCUCCAUUAAGUCUAGAGAACAGGAAGUCAAUCUCGAUCGGCAUUCUACAUUUCCUGUAGAAUCAUCCUCCACCGAUGAUGAAGAUAUGGAUGAGGAGGAGAGAGAGAAAAGGAGAAUUGAACGUGAAGAAAGACGAAGGAAACGAAAACUGAAAGAAAAGGAAGAACGGGAAAAGAGAGAAAAAUUAGAAAAGGAGAAAAUGAUGGAAAAAGCUGAAGAAUCCAGUGAAGCAUCAGAUGAUACUGAAGAUGUUUAUGAUAUCUUCAAAUAUGCGCAAGAAAUGGGCGGUGACAAAGACGAUGACACCAGUCACAAUGAUAAAUUCAGUAAUGGAGAACUGAAGAAAUCGCGGAACAACUCUGGUCAGAACAGCAACGGGAAUUCAGUAUCGGCACAACCAGAAAGAAAGCAGCAGGAGCGGAGAAAGAAAGCUGCUAUGUUUUUGUCUCGUUUGAAAAAGGGUAGUGAAGAUGAAUCUUCCCAGCCUGUCUAUGGUGAGGCUUAA